ACGGCAAAACUGUUAGUUGAUGUAAGUUUAAUUGUCGUUAUUUAGUCGACUAGUUUACUUCGACUACACCUGUUCUCGUGAACGCGAAGGUGUGUGAGGCUUUUCCCUGAAAUGUCACUUGAGGGCUUCCGUACGAAUCAACGGAUACCACUUGACGGUGUUCGCGUGAAAUUUGUUGUGAAAAGCUUGUUUCAGAAGUUCACACAUAUGUAACCAAUUCUUGCACAUUUAGCUUGUUUUCUCGAGCUCUAAAUGGCUCCCCUGAACUACAGUUAGUUAAUAUGCGGAAAAUAAUAGAGAUUAAAGAUGAAAUUGGCGGGAAUUGUCACCUGAGUGAGUUCUUUCCAGUGGUCCUGAUGAGCGUUUCCAAACCACCUCCGCCCCAUUCCCAUUUCCCUCCCAGUAACCCUUCCUCCCAUCUCCCCCUGCCUCCAUCCUCCUCUACCUCCCCCUCUCCCUCCACCCCUCCCUCCGCUGCGGGUCUCCCCAGCCCCGCUGUGCCUCCUCCUCCCUCCCCAGUCAAGAUCUCCAUGCAGGAGCACUUUGCCAUCAAUGUGUGCCCUGGCCCCAUCCUCCCCAUCCCACAGAUCUCUGACUUUUUCCCUCGUUUCCACGACUUCCCCAUCACCCCCCUUCCACCCCGGGAGAAACAGGUUCUAAAGGACAAAGACAAGGACGGAGACGGGAAUGGAGAGAAAGACCGUAAGAGGGAGAGAGAGCAAGGGGAGAAUGGAGAGUUUGCCGACUCGGAUGACGAUGACACCUACCUGGGAACUCUGGAGUUCAGCCUGCUAUUUGACCAAGAAAAUAACUGCUUGCACUGCACCGUCCACAAGGCUAAAGGGUUGAAGGCCAUGGACUCCAAUGGACUGGCGGAUCCAUAUGUAAAACUCCACCUCCUGCCUGGAGCAAGCAAGGCAAAUAAAUUACGCACUAAGACUUUAAAGAACACGCUGAAUCCAGUGUGGAACGAAACGCUCAUCUAUCACGGCAUCACGGCUGCUGACAUGACCACCAAAACCCUCAGGCUGUGUGUGUGUGAUAUGGAUCGUUUAGGACGGAAUGAGUUCAUAGGUGAAGUCAGGGUGGCCCUCAAGAAACUGAAGGAGGGAGAGAGCAAGAAAUACUACAUGGGCCUUGAGAGAAUUGCACAGACCCGGGAGGGUAACAGCCAGGCAGUGGAUCCUGGGGCUCCUGUUGCAGAAGAAGAGCGUGGUCGUAUCCUGGUCUCUCUGAUGUACAUCACAGAGAAGAGUUCUCUGAUUGUGGGAAUUAUUCGCUGUGCUCACCUCGCCGCCAUGGAUUCGAAUGGGUACUCAGACCCCUUUGUCAAAAUUGUUUUGCAGCCUAACAUGGGGAAAAAGUCCAAAUACAAAACCUCAGUAAAGAAGAAGACACUAAACCCAGAGUUUAACGAGGAGUUUACCUAUGAUGUCCCGCAUGAUCAGCUGGCCAAGAAAACCCUGGAAAUCUCAGUCUGGGACUACGACCUGGGCAUGAGCAAUGACUUCAUAGGUGGCGUUGAAUUGGGGAUUAACGCAAAAGGAGAGAGACUGAAACACUGGUUUGAGUUUCUAAAAUACAAAGGAAAGAAAGUGGAGUACUGGCACACACUGACACAGCAAGGAGCCCCUAGCAGUGACUAACACACAAGCACAUUCUUUUGUGAUGAGAAAGAAGCAAGUGUGUGUUCACAAGCCCAGAUUGUGACGCACAAAGAAUCGACCCCUUUUUCUGGUCUGCACGUCACUAAUGUGAAAUUGUACUGUGUUGUGACUAUGCCACAGGAGCUCAUGCCAUAUUAUAGUGUUAUUGUUUAUUACAUGUUAAACGUGUAAUAGCAUCCUGGUGUUUGUUACAGUUGGUGGUGCCGUAAUUUUGCACACUGUCAAAGCACAACACAUCCAGCUGAUUGUAAAUGUCUAUGUGUACCUAUGUAUUUACCUUUUGUGAUUUGUUACGAAUGAAAGUUUACAGUCUCUUCCAGCCCGACAAAAACAUGACAAAGUACAAAGGACGGCACAUGAAGGAACUCUAAAGCAAUGAAAAUAAUUGUCUAUGGAUUUAAACGUUCACUCAAGAACUGCCGCCUGUCACUUUGAGCAGAACCAAACGACAGUCACCUCAACGCGAAUGUGUGCGUGUGUGUGUGUGUGUGAAUGUCCCUGUCUGUGUUUUGUCUUUGUAUGUGUCUUUGUUAAAUGUUUGUAUAGUCUACAAAAAAAAAAUGUGCUGAUGCACAUUGACAGACUUUUUCGCUUUCUCUCCGGCACCCUCUACUGGUUUAGAGGUCUAACCGCCAGUACAGAGGGUGAAUCGCCUCUGGCAGGCCUCAUGCACAACUGCACGCCCCAUUAGGGGUUAAAUUAGCAAUCAAACGAAGCCUUUGAAGGACAAACUACCUGUCAAGGACAACUUUGGACAACACAAAAUCUGGGUUGAUUUGCUUUGUCGUCCUGACAGUUAGCUCUGUGAAAAGAUGCACAUUUCUUGCCAUGCGUGGGGAUUUUGGCUAUAAUCGUAUCCGUGUGAUAGCAUUUAUUAGCUAUUUAUAACAUUCAAAUCAUCAACUUUUCAUCUAGUCUUGACAUUUUAGGCAUUUAAUUGCACAAAAACUUAUUGUUAACCUCGUCCUUUCAUGGCCCUCAUCCAUCAUUCCAAACUUGGAGUUCUGUUCUGUUUUUUUUGGGGGGGUGCGGUACAUUUGAAUUAUCAAAUGAAUGGCCUACAUGGUGUAUAAUUAUCAAAUGUUAUUCUAAGCAGCUGCAUGCCAAGUGAAUGUCACAUAUGCUUUGAUGGACCACCGAUCUGCAGUGCUUAUGUUUGUCGUAAUAUCCAUAAAUGGGUCCAUCUAAGGGUAUUUGAUUUUGCUCAGUGAACUGGGACAAUCCAGGCUACCUUUGAUGAAACAGCAUGGCAUUCAGAUAAUGGACUGGCACCACCUGCCAGCCAAACUCAAGUCUCGCUCACGUGUCCUCGUUGAUUGUCUGUGUGGAACAUGUGAUGUGACUGCCAUCGUGCGUCCGUCUCUGUAACUGCGUCUCCGAAAUAAUUUGGUGCAACGGUGGCUGUUGGAAAUGGGAGCGAGUUUUGUGCAUUCAAUUCUUAUAAAGGUCUUUCAUUCAUGCAACAGAUUUCUUGUCAUGUAAUGGAAAAUAAAUAACGAAUGCAUGAUGUAAAGUACAUCUUUAAUGACCGAGAUUCUGCAUGCAUUCUAAUUCUAUGCAUAACAUGAUAUUGUUACAUAAAUGCAUUUGUUUGUGAUGAAUGAAUGUAGAACAGAACGUUUCAUUUUUUUUUUUUUGUGGCGAAACACUGUUGUGAUGUCUUUUUUUUUAUCUCUCUU